AUGGCUUCGGAAAAGACAGACUCGCGCUUUUCUGUUCUGGAGCAGAAGUACAUCGACCUCCUGGAAAGAAGAGUGCAAGACCUGGAGCGAAAACUUGCCGGUGCAGAAGGAUCUAAGCAGGUGAACGGAACGGCUUCGUCAAAUUCCAAGAAGGCCGAAAAGUUAGAGAAGGAAGAAGAUGAAUCCUCCGAUUCCGAAUCCGUUUCCGAAGGAGAAACAAAAGAUGACGAGGAUAAGGAGAAAGACAAAGAGCCUGACGACGACAGGCGCUAUCGUGUGGUCAUCAGCGAGUACGACCCAAAUACGGGCGAGUAUGUCGAACGAGCCAACGAGAGUCUGGUGAAGCCAACAACCAAACCCAAGAAUUCCAAGAGGGCCUUUACAUUCCAGAAGAAUCGGAGGCUGGGGGCCAUAGCUGGUAAUGAAUCCCGUAACUCUGAGGUGGACAUUGAGUCGUCACCGCUGCAGCAGUUGUUGGCCAGGGUGAUGUCCAAGCUGGACGCUGGCAAGAGCAAGGUGGCCGACAUGAGCUCCCCCUACCAAGAUCUCAUCUGGUGCUGGAAGGAAGCAGAAGAGAUGGCGGCCACGUCCGCUGAGCUAGAGGAGGCCACCAAGACAGACUUCAAGGACGUUGGUGGUGAAGAGAAGCAGGCCAGGCUGGAUCUGCGGGCUCUCUUGAACAUCAUCUCGACGUCAUCGGGUGAUGAGGCCCUCGACACCUACUUCAAAAGCAAGGACGAUAUGAAGGAUAGCCGCACCAUUUCAUUUUCUGCGCUGUGGACGCUAUUCCCUCCGGGCUCCUUCAUCAUUGCCCGUCCGUUCCUCAACCACGAGCAGGUCUUCUUGGUACAGUCCUGCGAGAUCCCCGACACAAACGACAACGAUGCCAAGCUCUCGGUGACUGCGUUCAGCUACGACUGGAAUGGCAACAAUUUCCACCGCGUGCCGUACCGCUUUAUCAUUGAGGAGUUUAAGGAUAAGAAAACCAUAUCCCAGCUUGAUUUCUACCCCCUAAAGUACUAUAGCGAGGGGGACGAAGCCGGCAACGAGCCCCAAGAAAAGAGCGUAGAAAACAUUACUAAAGACGUCGAAAAGCUCAAGGUGAAGCUGAUUCAGCGGGGAAAGAAAUUUGUCGAGUACUCGACGGCUGAAAAGGGAAAAAAGACGUUUAACUACGACGGCCGUGCCUUCUACACUAGCAAUCAUGGUCUCUUCCGUCCAAUUUCGACUGCAGAUCCAGGUGACUCGGAUACGGCCAGCACGGCAGGAACGACAAACUAUGCGUCUUCAGAUAGUCAGACAGCAGGAACGACAAAUCAUAUUAAGGGAACCGUUGUUGUCGACUUCAAGUCUUACCUUGAAUACCAGCCCGAGUCCGCUGAGCGUCUCGGCUCCAUGGCCCCGAUAGGAAGCUCCGUCACUUGCUCCUGCGGCGAGUGUCGCGCCCGCUUUGAGGCUCUGUACCGCUACUCAUGGGACAAGGCCAAAAAGGAAACCGCACUGUCGGACGACCAGUAUAUGAUGCUGCCUCCGCGUGUCCUCGGCUAUUCUCUCGAGCAGAAGCGAUGGGUACACUUGGACAUCGACAGAUUGAAGCAGUUGGCCAAGGCCGACAGCAAGAAUUUUGAUGAGAAGCUGAUGUUGCACGAUGACAACAAGAAACUGAUCAAAAAUUCCGUGAAAGCGCAUGGCAGCCAAAACGUGGUGGAUUACACGCCGAACAAGGGCAAGGGACUGAUCUUGCUGUUAUGGGGCGUGCCGGGAGUGGGCAAGACGCUGACGGCGGAGAGUGUGGCCAUGCUGGCAGGCAAGCCACUCUUUAGCAUUGGCGUGUCGGACAUUGGCACGGAGAGCAGCAUGGUGGAGGCGAACCUGCAGCGGGUAUUUUCCCUGGCAGGUUUGUGGGAGGCGGUUCUUUUGUUGUAUGUGAUGGCCAACCGACUAUUUAUCUUUGGUGCGACUACUAACGAAAAGAACAGUGAUGAGGCAGACGUCUUCUUGGAAGACCGCAGUUCCCAGGGGUCCAACAUCCACCGCAACACCAUGGUCUCAGUGCUCCUCCGCAUCUUGGAAUACUACGAGGGGAUCCUCAUUCUGACGACCAACCGCGUCAGGACCUUCGACAUUGCCGUGCAAAGUCGAAUUCAUAUCGCCAUCGAGUACAAAGAACUCAGCGACGACCAGCGCGAGAACAUCUUCAUCGACUUCCUCAACCAGCUCGUAAGGAUGGACAUAGUCCAAGACUGGAACGCUAUUAAAGAAUGGGUCCAUCAGGAAGGGCGUAUCAAGCAAUUCAACGGCCGGCAAAUUCGCAACACGGUGUACACGGCCAUGGGUAUGGCCCACGCCGAGGCCCGCAAAUUAGAGAGGGCGGAUCUUGUCACGGUGGCACGCAACACAGAGGCAUUCAAAAAGGUUUUGUCCGACAACGAGGCAGUGUACAGGAGCAGACAGAUCUUUUGA